CAUAAAAAGAACUGCAGCCACACUGCGAUCCUCUGGAGAAUAAAGAAAUGAUUUCAUCAGGCCUGGUUGGAUGUAACUUGCAGGCUGCAGAGGCAUAACGAAGAGAAAGGAGAGCUAGAAAAAAAAAUGCAGCACAGCUCGGUCCUGUCGGCGUGGUUCCGGCUGGUUUCGUUUUGCAGGCUGUUUGGGAAUACUGAAAACGGGCGCAGAGCCUGCACAAGAAUGUGCAGUUUUCAGAGGGGCGGAGACAAGCUCGCCUUGCAUCUAUAGCGAGUAAAGCGGCGUAUAGGCUGCCUCACUGUAGAGAAUAGCGUAAGUUCACAAUAGGAAAGUGUAGGCUUCUCUCUCGGUUCUUCUGGGCCAUUAUGGUUGGAUGUUUUUCGGUCGCAGAGACGAGUCACACAGCCCGGUCGGCAUUUUGUUCGGUGCUGCUGAACUAACCAGACUCGUCCUUGGUAAAGUGACACUGGGGUUCGAACAAGUGACCCGCCUAACAUAGUUAGAAGUGCGGCUAUUUUAGAGAGAUGCAACAGUGUAAUCAGGAGGAAACACGGCAGGGUUACAUUAAACGGAUAACAGCCUGAUUUCCCUGCGUAAUGUUAAAGAGCGCCUUCCACGGCUGUUUCCCCGUGGGGUGGCUAUGAAAAGUGGACUGUCUGGUUUGUUUUCUCCAUCCACUUCAAGCCUGCAUGGAACAAAGUGUGCUUUAUGAAACAUAACCUGCGCCGUGAGGUGGAUCCAGGCGGUUUGUCAGCGUGGGCUUAUAUGUCGUAACAUUUCUAGCCAAGAGUCCAGCGUCUCCCGAAAUCAUCAUGAGGACCACCGAGGAGCCAGACGGCUUUGACGGCGAGGCCUCCAACACUUCCAUGAUCUCCGGGGCCAGCAGUCCGUAUCAACCCACCACCGAACCCGUCCACGCGAGGAACGUUUUGGGGGGGAUAAUGUGCGACGUGGAGUACCUCAAGUCAUACUUUGGAAUUUUAAAGGUGGUUGAAGUGGUCCUAUCACUUAUUGGAUUCAUCUGCAUAGAGACUAUCAUGAUGUGUUCUCCCUGUGGAGGGGUCUACUUCUUCGAGUUUGUCAGCUGCAGUGCCUUUGUGGUGACAGGAGUCCUCCUCCUGAUCUUCAGCCUCAAUCUGCACACCAAGGUGCCCCACGUCAACUGGAGCCUCACGGACCUUGUUAACACUGCUGCCAGCAGCUUCUUCUUCUUCUUGUCAUCUCUUGUGCUGGCCUGCAUCAACCACAACACUGGAGCUGAAAUAGCAGCAGUGAUCUUCGGCUUCCUGGUGACAGGUGUGUAUGGAAUUAACACCUUCCUGGCAGUACGGAGGUGGCGCCUUGGCAAUGGGUGUCAGGGGGCGGCUCAGACCAGCGAGUACAUGCGUGCACGCACGGCAUCUCGUGGAGAAAUGGAGGCAAGACCUGAUCUUGCAUGAGUGCUGGCAGACAAUCAAACGCACUAAGGGAAAGCCACACUACCGGCAGCUGACUGAGGUGGACUCUGCCUUCAAAACAGUAUUUCAUUCAAGUCUCGAGUGGAAGGGCCGUCUCAAGCUCACCACAUGCUUCUGACUUCUCAUCACAACACCUCAGCUGUGCUUUCUGUCUGCCCAGCCACUGAAUAAAUCUUCAUUUCAUAGCCACAGAUGAGAGUGUCUUAGUUAUCCUGGCUUCAGUGAUACAUUAAGUCUCUAAAGUGAAGAGCUCGAGACAGAAUUCAAGGUAUUCUCUUUAAAACGUUCCAUCCACCUAUCUUUCUAAAUCAUUGUGAAAGAUGACUUUCACGAAGAUCCAAACAAAAAAAAGGCUGACUUCACUCAAACUGUGCACCAACACGUAGGUGUUGACUUUUUAGAAAGUUUUGUGUUUCACUGUGAAUGAAGUCAAGUAAAAGAAGGUCAGCUUUUGUACAGUUUGCUUGUUUCGUGCUGCUUUCUGUGAAGUCUGUGGUAAUAAAUGUAAUCAUGGAUCCAGGAGGCCACUGGACCAGCAGCAUACAGUAACCUGCAGUACAACAGAAGCACCAUGACUUUCCUGUUCUUUCUUACAUACUGACAUCAGCCUUUGGCUUCUACCUGUGAGCAAAGCUGACAUUAGAUAUUUAAUCUAAAGAUUACACAUGCUGACAUAAGAGUUUGUUUCUCCUUUGUCUUGACUAACUUUACAAAUUCCUUUGCGACCUUUAGUUGCUUUUAAGAUCUUUCCCGCCAGCAGUUAUACAGUGACAGCGCAGGGUCAUUCUUAAAUGCAAUAAAGAUGGACAGUACUACAUAAGGUGAAAAUAUUGAAAUGAGUGAAAAAGAUUUACUUCUUUGCAACACAAAUGCAUCCAAUGGUGGUGACAUAAUUAUGAGACCAAAAUAAAAACUUUUAAUACUUUAUUCCAUCUAUUUUAUCCUAGGUUGUGCAGAAACUAUCCAAACAAUAUUCACAUUAGCAUUUCGAAAAUUUAACUUUUGAGGUCUGUGUUGGGUCAACACUGUGAGCCAGGAGUAGGUUAUUUCAGGUGAUGAUAAGGUAAUUGGUAUCUUGUUACUUUUGCACAUAUCCAAGGCUUCAGGUUACACAAAUGCUGACGGCACAUCAGUGAGAUUCAUUUUGAAACAAACAUCAGUAGGUAACCUGGUCGAGAUCAAUGCCCUUAGCCUAUACACUGUAUCUCAGGUAUUGACACACUCCUUUCAAUCUUUCAUUCUUAAAAAAACAUUUGAAAUAAAAUCACAGUGUGCCUCGACCUGAACACUGUAUUUAUUAAUGCCUUCCUAAUUAUUACACAUAGGACUAUCACAGAGAAUGGAAUUAAUGACCCUUUAAGUUAAGUGAAAAUUAAUUUAAAAAGAGGGUGAAGGUGGAGACAGGGUGAUGGAAAUACGAUACAUUAUUGUCACAGCUUUCACUCUGUAUUUGGUUGAAUUAAAAUGUCUGUAUAUGUAUCUACAGUAUAUUAUCACAUACUUCAUCUAUCAUUCCACAUUGUAGCUGUUAUAAAGCUCAUACAUACAGAGUGCAAAACAGACUUCAUUCCUUCAAUGUUUUUCUGUUCGGCCAGUGUACCUGUACAAACAGAAGGCCUAAUCUUGAAAAAUCACAUCAUGUUUGCUUUUUAGGAUGAAGGAAGAAAUGUCAACUUAAUUUGUGGUGUCUUACAUUGUUCUAAUGCAUUGAAUCUACACUACAGUUACACAUGUGUAUGUUUUUGUUGUUGUUUGAGACGUCUUUAUGUAUAUUAGGUUGGAUGAGUGUGCAGGAACUAAAUCAACUCUAUGGCUCCAUCUUCUGGUCGUCAUCUACAAUGUACUCAUUGUGACGUCAGUGGACUGACUGUACAGCCAGAUAACUACAGUAGUGUGUGUACAAGGGAAGGACCAGAAAUGUAUUUGUCUGUGGUUUAAAAUAAAAACUGUAUGACUUCUUAAACAGCCUAAAACGUUUCCACGCUACACAGUAUGCUUGAUUAAUCUAAGACUUUUUCUCAUGUUUUUAGUAACUUAUAUCAUGUACAACUGCUAUUUUUCCUGGUUUGGUGACCGAAGUAGUUUUAUGAAUAGACAAUCAUAUUUGUUAUUCUGUCUCUCACUUACAUUGAUCGAUUUGUUUCUGAGUGAUGUAAGCAUGGUCAUAUAAACAUUUGUACAGCAAACUUUGAAACACAAUCAUGCAAGUGCAUUAUGCUAUUUGAUGAUAUAAACUGACCACUGUAUUUGUCACAAACUAUCAAGCUGCAGCUCUCUAUAUACAAUUUUAUGCUACAAUAUGUUAUGAACUGUUUGUAUUUAUGGGGAAGAGAAGAAAUGCUUUCCACUAGUUUCCAGAUUGGGCUAAAAAAGCAGACAUGAUCAGUUUGACUGUUUGGAUUAAGUUAGGGGUGCGCUGCUCUCCUGUUUCCUUUUAAUUCUGUGUGCUUUGUUAAUGAUUACAACGAGGUCUGUCUUAUACAGCAUGGAGCCGUACUUAGCUGUAUUUUUGUAUUUAAAACAAUCAUAAGAGGCUUCAUGUCAGUUUAUAGUGACAAUUUAAAUAAAGUGAUUUGGACAUUA